CCAAGCGCUUCGGACCUCCCACGCUGGACUCUGCAACCGGAAGUGUGAGCUGGAGACGGCCGUCAAGACACUCUUCAGCCUUAGUCCUAUCUAUCGUCGUUCGCAAUGGCGCCGAGCGACCCUUCGCGCCCGUCCGGGCCCACGCCACUGAUUGAUGUGUCUGGCGAUGCGUCCAUGUCGCAUGUCGCCGGUUCGUCCUCUGCAGCGGGAAAGAAGAAGAAGCACCGCGGCGGUAAGAAGAGGCGCAACCGUCGCCAGUCGUUCGCUGCGAAUGCGGACCUGGGCCACGACGAUGGCAGCGGUGACCGCCCAACCCUCGAGGACAUCGCCGCCCACGGCAACUCGCGCGGCAGCACCAGCUUCUAUGGCCUUUCGCGUAACCUCAGCAACACCAGUUUAGAGAGCGAGGCGCUGCUGGAUCACCGCGAUCAUCAGCCGGUGCGCGCGCGUCGACAGAGCGUCACCGCGACCUCAAUAUAUGCGCCGCGCGCCAGCCAGCAGUUCAACAACUCUCCCGGCCGUCUUAAUGUGCCCGUAUCUUUCGGUAAAUCGAGACUGUCUGGCACCCCCGAGGCCACCUACAGCGAUCACGACGAUGACGCCGACGACCGCACCCCAUUGAUGAUGGGCUCUCCUCGAGACAACAGGAAAGGGAACAGCUAUGGCACAAGCGCAGGGGGUCUGGGGUCUAAGAAGCGGAGACCGAGCACCGGUAGCGGCAGCGGCAAGCAUCGACCUGCCAUGUUCGCGCACCAUUCGCAGACCAACAUCACCGAGGGCUACAACGUCAAUAACCCGCCUUCUGUACCUACAAGCCCUGUCUUCGAGUCCAACCCUGGGCUUGACGACGUUGCGCUCCCAAUUGACUUGGGAUGCUCUCCGGAGCCAGGAAGAUCUCGAGAUGCCUUGAUAGACAUCGACGGGCCUGCAGAAGGGUCGAUGUCGGCGUCUCCAAAGCAAGGCGAAUUCCAUCGCCGCAUGACUCAGUCCUUCGCAGCCGAUGACGAUGUCUGCUUUCCGCACGAGGGAAUGUCCGAGCUGGGCCAGCAAGACUACCUCAACGAUCCGACAGGUGAGCCUACGAGUCGCCGCCGUCGCCGACGUUGGCCUGAUCUCGAGGUGCUGUCAUCCUGGUCGCACGAAGAGAAGGAACAGCGAACCAUGGAGGGCAUCCGUCUUCGCAAAGUCAGCGAACCGCUAAUGGUAGACGGCCGGCUGCGUCCACGCCAGCGCCAAUGGCACCGCGAGGCUGAGGACGUCCCGUUUCGCUUUACCUACUUCAACGAAACCUUCGACAACACCAUCCACAGCCAGACCAUCAGUGAGCUAUUGCAGCCCGGGCAGACCUUCAAGGAUCUUUUUAUCCCCGACCCUGUCGAGCUUGAAGACAGCAGCGAUGACGACUCAGACCAGGAGGACGCCCCUCGCACAAAUACGAAUGGCAUCUCCAGGCCAACAGCGCUGUCGCCUUCGAACACGAUCGACAAGACAUCUUCGAGUGAGCAGACGCGUGCGAACACCCCAAAACCCCAGGCCGAACCAAACGCUAGAAGCGACGAUAGACAAAAGCGGUACGGCCCUCGACCGGCUUGGUGGCUCGACGUCAUGUCACCCACCGAGACCGAGAUGAAGGUCAUUUCAAAGACUUUCGGCAUCCACCCCCUGACUUCUGAAGAUAUCCUCAUGCAGGAGCAGCGUGAAAAGGUGGAGUUGUUCAAGCAUUACUACUUUAUCAACUACCGCACUUUCGAGCAAGACCAGACUAGCGAGGACUAUCUGGAGCCAGUCAACCUUUACAUUGUCGUUUUCCGCGAAGGCGUGAUCAGUUUCCAUUUUUCCAUGACACCACAUCCAGCCAACGUGCGACGUCGCAUUCGACAGUUAUCUGACUACCUUGUGCUGUCGCCCGACUGGAUCUCAUAUGCCAUGAUCGAUGACAUUACCGAUGCAUACGCACCUUUGAUCCAAAAUAUCGAGGAAGAGGUUGACGAUAUCGACGAGGCCAUCCUCCGUCUUCAUAACGCUGAAGAUGACGAUAGCUCAGACUCAGAUGAGUACGACGAAAAGCAGAGUAAUCAGAAGAGCGGCCGUGACAUGCUGCGUCGUGUUGGCGAAUGCAGAAAGAAGGUCAUGAGCCUGUACCGUCUGCUGGGCAACAAGGCCGACGUCAUCAAGGGGUUCGCGAAGCGCUGCAACGAGCACUGGGAUAUCGCGCCGCGCAAUGAGAUUGGCAUGUACCUGGGCGAUAUUCAGGAUCAUAUCAUCACCAUGACAGGCAAUCUGAGUCACUACGAAAACCUCCUAUCGCGAGCGCACAGCAACUACCUCGCGCAAAUCAACAUCCGCAUGAACGAGCGCCAAGAACAAACCUCCGACAUUCUCGGCAAGCUUACCGUCCUCGGUACCAUUGUCCUACCCAUGAACGUCGUUACUGGUAUCUGGGGCAUGAACUGCAUCGUCCCAGGCCAGGACGUCGAGAACCUCAACUGGUUCUUCGGCAUCACAGGAGGCCUCGUCGCCUUUGGUCUGCUGUGCUAUCUGAUUGCGAAGAGGGUGUACGGCAUCGUCUGAUCCGCGUUACACUUGUGCGGCGUUCGGGUGUGGGAGUUGCAUGGCAUCGCAUGGCGUGGCGUGUCUAGACUUUUGGGAUAAGACUGUUUUGUAUCGUCGUACAUCAGGCUGGCUCUAUACUUGCACAUAUACACAGGCUGGCGUUGGGCGUUAUUGCAUACACCUGCGCGAUCAUGCUGUUGUUGUACUGAAUGAACUCUC